CCUCCACCUGUAAAGAUUCGAAACAUCGUUAUGAGUGAAUUCUUUGCCUCAGCGUACAAUAAUAGUAGUUAGACGUGAUCAAAAGUAUCGGUUGAUAUUGUCAACUGAGUGUGGUUGGAAACUAUAAAUAUUAGUUUUCAUCAAAUUUUAUUAAUUCAUAAUCAAUUCACAGUCAAAUUAAAUUGUGCACUGUAUUUUCAAGAAGUUAAUAUAAACUUUUUCGCGCUACAUAUUGUAUAAAAUUUGUUCGGUGAAACUUGACUCCCUGUGCAAUUUCAUGAAAAAAAAACCUGAUUAUGUGACGAAGUGUUUAAUUCCGAAGAGAAAGAAACUCAUUGUAAAAGAAAAUAAAAGAUUUCUAAACGGAGUACACAAUACUUCAUGUAAAUCAUUGAACGGAUGGUUACAAGAAAAAAGCACAUGAUCAGGGUACAUAUUAAAUGAUCGAAUGAUCAGAAAUUCCGAGCUUCUGUGUCUCGCGUUUUUCCAACGAUUCAAUUUCCUUUUUUACACCGUAUAAUAAUAUAAUCAUAAAAAAAAAAAAAACUUUCAAAAUCAACGUGUUGAUAAUUUCGACAAGUAUGACCGGUGUUGAACUGAGCCACUGGAUAAUGUCGAAGAAAACAAACUUUUGCGGCUUGUUGGUAAUGGGAUGUUUCUUCUCGGUGUUUUUAUUCUUCGAUGGGAAAUACGGCAACCCUUCAAUGUACGAAAUGCAACCGUCGGCAGCCCUUCUCGAGUCAAAGAAAAAUAAUACCACAGCUGAUAAGAAACAACCUGAUUCUGAGUCAAAGGAUAUCGAAAAAAUCCUUAAUAUGCAGAGAGAAUUGAUCAUAAAAGAUAUGCAGGGCUACGAAUAUCCCAAUGGAAAAUAUAAUAUCAGUGCCAGCAAACUUGAGGAUUUGGUGAUGGAAAAGAAAGGAACACCGAUCAGAAGUAUAAUUGUAACAACAUGGCGAAGCGGAAGCACAUUUUUGGGCGAUAUUCUCAACGCACAUCCGGCAGACUUUUAUCACUUCGAGCCGCUGCUGGCUUUCGAUGAAAUUAAAAUUCGCGGUCCUCCGUUAGCCGAAAAGGCUUUGAAAUUGACCAAGGAUCUGCUCAACUGUGAAUAUGGAGAUCUAGAUGAAUAUAUUGAAUACGGAAAAACGCAUUCUUUGGUUUUUCAUCACAACACGCAUUUGUGGAAACAAUGCCAAGCUCACAAAGGCCUGUGCUAUAACCACAAAUUCCUCAGCGCAAUGUGUAAGCUCUUUCCAUUUCAAUCGAUGAAAUUUGUACGACUCAGGCUACAAGUUGCACAGGAACUUCUCGCGGAAGAAAAAUUAGCCGUACGGAUUGUGCUGUUGGUAAGAGAUCCUCGCGGGAUUUUUCAAUCGAGAAGACAUCACUACUGGUGUCAACCACAUCCUGACUGUUCCGAUCCAGCUUUGACGUGCGCGGAUCUGAUCUCAGAUUACAAAGUUGCUGUUGAACUGCUGAAGAAAUACCCAACUAGAUUCAAAGUGAUACGAUACGAAGAUCUUUCCCUGGAUCCGUACAAACACGUUGAAGAACUUUAUAAAUUUUACGGACUCGAUCUUCAUCCGAGCACAAAGCAGUUUCUCGAUUCUCAUACGAAGGUCAAAAAGGGUAACACCAUGAGUACUUUUCGAAAUUCAGCAGCAACUCCGUUUCAUUGGAAAACGGAAUUGACAUUUGAGGAAGUGGAGGAAGUUCAGCAAUCCUGCGCGACUGCAAUGAAAUACUGGGGUUACGUUCCAGCAAUGAACGCUACUCAUCAGAAGGAAUUCAACCCCGUGAAAGAAUAUUUUCUCAAAUUAUGAAAGAUUCGGUGAAAUAUAUAGGGCUGUGAUAUUCGUUGCUCUUCGUAUUCUAUAAUCGCGACAGACUGUUGCAUCUCAGAGACUGACAAAAUGAAAUGGUUUCUUGUACUGUAUCGAGGUUUCACCUCGUAGCAUACACGGAGCAUCUUUUUUGUAUGACACGAAAAAAAUUAUUUGUGAAAAUUACAACAUUACAACACGCAACGAAGAUUCUUUGUUCAAUAA